GUGUGCACGGGUACAACUGAUAACAACAUGGGUGCCUUAAUGUUUACGUUGAUUUGGGGUUAUGCUUUAUUUGCAGUUAUACAGAAAUCGGCAGCAGGAAUUUCAGCAUCUCAACUUCACCAAGACAUUGAUGUAGUAGAGUUUGCAGUUGAGUCAGACACGGCAUCAACAGUGGUGGACUUUUGUAAAAGAUUUGAAUGCUCAUUUCUUGGAAAGAUAACAAGCAAAUAUUUCCAUAUCAAAUGCAAGGAAUGGAAAAUAAGACAGUUUGGUGGAGAAAAGAAACUGCAAGACUCUGCGCAGAGAUUUUAUCGGAUCAAAAGUUUAGAAAGGCAAUAUUUCCACAUUUAUCAUCUAAGAACAAAUGACCCUCAAUGGUCAAAUAUGUGGAACCUGAACGAAGAUGUCUUUCCAAACACAAGAGUAGCGGAGGCUUGGAGACACGGAUUGAAUGGCUCUGGAAUUACCAUUGCUGUUCUCGACGAUGGCAUCCAAGUCGACCAUCCAGAUCUCAGAAAAAAUAUUGAUACCUAUCACAGUUAUGACUUCAUAGAUCAAGAUUCAGAUAUCACUCCAGAUAGAAUCACUGACAGCCAUGGUACAGAAGUUACCGGACUAAUUGCAGCAGAAGCAAAUAAUGACGUGUGUAUAGUUGGAGUUGCUCACGCUUCUACAAUUAUAGGUGUAAGAUUAAUUGGCUCGGACGUACCAAUCACCGGCAUUACCGAAGCAAAAGCCCUCAGUUAUCAUUUAAGUAGGGUAGAUAUAUAUUCAAACAGCUGGGGACCCAAAGAUGGAUCGCUAUAUCAUAGAUUGGGACGUGUUAUCGAGAGUGCAUUAGUUGAUGGUGUAACUUUGGGACGAAAUGGAAAAGGUGUUGUAUAUGUAUUUGCUGCAGGCAAUGGCGGGAAAGAUGACAACUGCAACGCGAAUGGUUACGUCAGCAAUCUUUAUACAAUUCCAAUAACGAGUAUAGGCAUUGAUCAAAAGGCAGCUCCUUAUUCUGAAGUUUGCGCUUCAGCUUUCUCUACAACAUAUUCAAGCAUAUCGGAACGAUAUUUGACUUCCACAUCUCUGAACUCUACAUGUAUCAGCAACAGCAACCUACAGGGAACGUCUUUUUCGGCUCCACAAGCUUCAGCAAUUGUGGCAUUAACUCUUCAAGCAAAUCCUUCGCUCACAUGGCGAGAUGUUCAACAUCUGAUUGUGCAGACAAGUAAACGACACAACAUUGACGAUGGUUUUGAGAAACAACCUUGGCAAAAAAAUGGAGCAGGGUUUAAUGUGAGUCAGAUUGUCGGUUUUGGAAUGAUGGAUGCAGAAGCAAUGGUGUCCCUCGCAAAGACCUGGACCCUAGUAGACCAACAACUGUAUUGUGCCUCUGAAACAAAGAACGUUAACAAAAACAUAAACAAUUCGCGGGAUGUGUCUAAAACAACAAUCUCAGAGUUAACCAGUUCAAUUAAAGAGACUGGUGAAAACUGCACAAUACGUUCUCUAGAAAAGGUUCAGAUAGAUGUGUAUUUUUCGUAUGAAUCAAGAAGAGGAGAUUUUACUUUGAUUUUGGAGUCACCUUCGGGAACUGUGUCCUACCUUAUGACCCCGAGGCCAAAAGACUCUGAUAAUACACAUAAUGUAUCUGAAAAAGGCACCUGGACAUUUACAUCCGUACAUUUCUGGGGAGAAAACCUUCAAGGAAAAUGGAACCUAUCAAUGAAGUACGAACCUGAAGAUAGUCUGAAUACACAUGAUGUUUCAGCCACUCUUAUAUCCUGGAGGCUUCAUUUUCAUGGAAUCUCAAAAGACAAUGCGAAGACUCCCGACAUCCAGAAGAUCAAUGAUAAUUCUUCAACAACCGCUGUUGCCAUAUCUGUAACAGUUAUUGUCAUAAUUGCAGUUCUGGUUUCUGGUUUGUUAUUGUAUAAGCAUUGGCCCAAAUUGAAACAAAGUAACAUAUUAAAAUCACUACGGAUGCCAAAAGAGAUAUCUGAUACCGAUCCAAGCAGAUUUGAAAGGUUCUAAAACAUGAAAACGUUCUGUCCAUAGCGAAAAGUCUGAUGUCCAAUUUUCAAUGAUGCUGUAUAAUAAACUACAUGUAUUCAAUACCCAUAUCUAAUUGUUCAGCAUUGGACCUUUAGCUUCUGUUUCCAUAUACAACGUCGAUCAUUGUAACAAUACGAGUUAAACCUGCCGGAAAUUCUUACUGUUCAAAAACUACUCAAAAUAUUUUUUUUUCUUAUUUUCAGAAGUUGAAAAAUUACUUUAAAUGAUUUGUUGAAAUGUCUUGUAUGUAGUUUUACUAUUAAAUAUAUAUUAUUUUUUGGAUAAAAAAUAUUCAUUUACCAACCUUAUUUUAUAAAAGAUUUUUUUAUAAAAGAUUCUCUCAAAUGUUUUUACGAUGCGGCUUUAUAUGAUUUUGUAAAUAAAAAAAAAGGUGCUCAAUUUUUACAUUCUACCCUUAUGUUUGGUAUGACUGCUCUGGAAAUAUCUUUUGUCUUCAAAUAUAAAAAAAAACAUUUGUUAAAAAUCAUUGCAUAAUAUAUAUAUUAUAUUUAUAUGUUGCCCCAUGGUUUGGUUCAGGGAAUAUUUCAAAGGUUGACCCCACAUCCCCCCAUUCCCAACCCCAAUACCAACCCCCAACCUGAAAAAAAAAACAA